UAACUACUCAACUUUGCUGUUGAGUUCAAUUCCAGCAGGCUCUGACUUUUAUAGCAUUUUUCUUGCAACCUACUGUAACACUCUUUCUCCCAAAGCUAAGUCAACAAAGACGUUGGGAGCAGAAAAAAUGGCAUCAAAAAGGGGAAUGAGUGAGGAGGAACGACAGCGUCUGACUUCGCUCUUUCACGCCUACGAUGUGGAUAAUUCAGGGCAGAUUGAAAAAAACGAGUUCUUUACUAUUUGUCAGGAGCUCUGGGUGCCUUCCCAGGAGGCAGAGGGAAUAUUCAACCGUCUGGACGUGGACAACGACGGCACUGUGACCUUAGAGGAGUUCAUCAGUGGAUUCAGCGAGCGGCACGACGAGGAAGAGGAGGACUCUCAGAAUGAGGAUAAGAACUCCUCGAAGAGUGACGAAGACUUUCCAGACAAUGACGAACAUUUGAUAUGCAGUCAGACACAUCCCUCUAUCAAACGGAUGAGCGCAGAGGAGCAGGAGCGACUGCGCGCCCUGUUUCGCACCUACGACGUAGACAACUCGGGCAGCAUCGAGAGGAACGAGUUUCUCACCAUCUGCUCCGAGCUGCAGGUGCCUGCGACCGAGGCGGACCGGAUAUUUGACCGGCUGGACGUGGACCAGAACGGAACCGUCACCCUGCAGGAGUUCAUCAUAGGCUUCAACGACCGAUACGGAGAGGAGAUGGAGUCCGACGGAGGAGACGUGUCCGUGGCGUGGGAGAACUUCGAAGUGAGGAUGGGCGAGCAGGCCAAGUACAUCCCCAGGCAUGAACAAGCUUCGACGCUGUACCAGAACAUCAGUCUGACGGAGCCCAGGCUGAUCCCUCAGCUGGAGAAAGUCAUCAUGAACUUCACCAAAGAGAUCAAACAGCAGAACUCAGAGAUGGAGAACCUCGCCCUCGCCAUCAAACGAGCGCAGGACCAGGCCUCGAUGCAGCUCAGUGAGAUGGAGGAGGAGAUGGACCAACGUAUUCAUGCUGCUGAGAGGAAAACACGAGAGCAGGAGAAGAAGAAAACCGAGGCGGCACUGAGUGAGCUACAGAGAGGUUUUGAAAAUGAUAUAUGUGAGCUGCAGUGUAAGAUCCAGAGGAUGCAAAUGAUUGAAGAGAAGUACAAAAACAUCACGGUGAAAGACGAGAGCCCGGCUUUGAAAAAGAAGAUCAACGAGCUGACGCUGGACAACCAGAAGUUAAAACAGGAGCUGAUGAAAUCUCAGACCAAAGUGGCGUGUCUUCGUAGUGAGAUGGACUCGCUGCAGACAGAACUAACAGAUCAAAGCAUCACCUCUGAACGAGACGAGGAGCUCAUGAAACAUUUCUCUGAUGAGCGAGACGUCCUGGAGAGUCAGAUCGAGAUCCUGCAGACAGCCAACAGGAAACUCCACGACAGUAAUGAUGGUCUGAGGACCGCUCUGGAGAGGAUCACCAGGUCUAAUACUGCUGGGUCACCAGGAGAGAUAAAGAGAAACAGAAGUAAAAGCAUCUGCUACACAUCAUCGCAUGCAUUAAUGGAUAGGUUUUCCCAGCGUAUGGAUUUGGACUUCCCUCUGUACAGCCGCCGGCCCAGCUGUGACACGCUGGCGUUGGCCAUGUGUGACCCCGGCCUGAAGCGCAGAAACAGCAGUGAGUGUGAGGAGGACAGCCUGCCUGAAGUCUACAUGGACAGCGGCCUGUCUACGCUCAGAAGCUCACACGAGGGCUACGAAUCAGAGCCCGAGGUCAAAGGUCCAGAAGAAGAGGAAGAAGAGGAGGAAGCGAGGGAGGAGAGGAAGAAGGAGGACGACAAAUAUAACGUGAUGGUGGAAAACUGUGACACUGAGCCGGCAGAGACACAGGACGCUGAAUCAGCAAUCGGGUCGGACAGCAGCUCCAUUUUGGACUGGAAGCCGUCUGAAAUCCCGAGUGUGGCCCCCGAAGUCCUGAGUGUGGCCCCCGAAGUCCUGAGUGUGGCCCCCGAAGUCCUGAGUGUGGCCGAGGCUCCAGCCCCAACUAAAAGAAAAGCACUCAGCGCCAUCAAUGUUCAGAAAGAGGAGAAAGACAGCACUGACCUGGGCUACAUGACGUCAGAGAAGGCCUACAGGAUCGUGUUGGCUGGAGAUGCUGCGGUGGGAAAAUCCAGCUUCCUGCUCCGCCUCUGCAAGAACGAAUUCAAAUUAAACACCAGCGCUACACUUGGGGUAGAUUUCCAGAUGAAGACACUCAUUGUGGACGGAGAAGCUGUUUUACUCCAACUAUGGGACACUGCUGGACAAGAGAGGUUUCGCAGCAUUGCAAAGUCUUAUUUCCGCCGGGCGGACGGCGUGCUGCUGCUGUACGACGUCACCUGUGAGAAGAGCUUCCUGAACGUUCGAGAGUGGGUGGACAUGAUUGAGGAUUUGUCCCAUGAGGAUAUUCCCAUCAUGCUCGUGGGUAAUAAAUCUGAUCUAAGAACAGAGGAUGUUACAUGUGUUCCUACCAGCUAUGGAGAAAAACUGGCCAUGACCUACAACACUCUGUUCUGUGAAACUAGUGCCAAGGACGGUUCCAACACCGUGGAGGCUGUUCUACACCUGGCCAGGCAAGUAAUCAAACAGGCUACGUUUGAUGAUAAAGGUCACUAUCAGAAGCUCCCCAGCUUAGACGCUCCGAGGAAAAAGCCAAACUUCUCCUGCUGCAACUGAUCAAAUUCAUCAGAAUUCGAACGCGGCGGUGUCUUGAUGUGAACUCAGCCCAAGUGGGGAAAGGACUGCACAUGCAGACACUCAAUAAAAGAGAAAUGAGACAUUUAUUUACCUGCAGAGCUGCAGCAACAAGACACAAUCAUCACUGUUACUAACCCAAUGGAUCACAGCAGAAUAUCAACGGCUCCACAAGUGCCACUAUUUUGUUCAUCAACGUUUUUUUAAACAUGAUGUAUUGUGUUACUGUGCAUGUUUAGGAUGCAUUUUUAUUGUACUAUUGUCACACGUUUUCAUGAGGUCCUUCCACAUAUUUGUGUAUGAAUGCGCCGUUUGCCCAGGCCGGCUCUGCCCUGUUGAAAAGUGAGUUCACAGUGAAAGAAAAAAGAAAGCAUGAAAAGUGAAGACAGCAUGUGUGAGAAGGAUACUGAACGUGAGGAAUGUGAUUGGACAACUUGUGUGCAUGUGAUGAAAGAUGGAGAACUGUUUUAGCGUCGCAUGAAGGUUAGUCCACCAAACUAAGAAGAGUAGAUGCUUCAUGUUAUUAACCGCAGCAGUUAUCUGUAAGUGUUGGUUCAAAAGGGAUUGUGCAGUAUGACGGUGGACAAAAAGAAAACAGAAGUUUGAUGUCUGCAUCGAGUUAUAGAAAAGCUAAACACACAGCUUGUGUGUAUACGAUGAACCCUGGUGCAAUAUGUUAUGGAGUGAGACCUUUUUAUAUAAAAUCACAACCCAUAUUUUCUACUUUAUAUUACCCCUACAGUGUUACACGUCUAUUCAAUUGACUUCCCUUUUCAUACGCCCAGUUUGUAUGAGCAGGUUUGGAGUGGGCACCAAGUCCUUAUUUACGUUUAUGAUGUGUUAUGAUUGAUGAAAAUGAUAUGAGAGGUGAUUUAAAGCCCUUAAACUCAGAUUGUAAUUCAGUUUGAAUUCAUGUGAUCCUGAUAAUAACGGCAUAUUAUCAACCUGCUGAACAGCAGUUUAUUAUUCUGUCAGUAUGCGCCACAUGAAAUGCUCAUUUGAUUUUCAAACAGCAUCCUCAUCGUUAUCUAAUCAUAGUAUUUCUGUAUGAUUACAGGCUUCCACCCCCCCCCCCCCCCCCCCCACACCCCCCAGACGAUUGAGUCUAUUUAAACAAGUGUUAAAUACUUCAGUCGUCAACAAUGAUAAGAAGCACCUUUGUAGAAACUGUGAUAAUUGAGGCUCACUGAAACCUCUGAAAUGUUGUUUUAGAGCCCAUGUGGUACUCAGUCUUACCUGUGAUGUCAUCACCUGACUUAAAGAGACUGUGUCCUUCAUUUGAGUCUGGAGGAGUAAAACGCCGAAGAACCUGCAGUUUCUCUUUACUGUGCAUGUGUCUAUGAAGCAAUUUGUAUCUUCAAUGGUAGAACUUUUAAGAUAAGAUAAGAUAUACUUUAUUCAUCCCAGCAGGGAAAUGUAGGUGUUCCAGCAGCCAGCAUGCAUACAAACACACAACACAACACAUAUAUACAUGCAUACAAACACACAACACAACACAUACAUACAUACAUACAAACACACAACACAACACAUAUAUACAUACAUACAAACAUACAACACAACACAUAUAUACAUACAUACAAACACACAACACAACACAUACAUACAUACAUAUCCCACCCAUACAAAAAAACACAAUACAGUUUGAUAUAUGAUAUGUUCAACUCAGGCUAAAGUUUAAAAGUUUAAAUGUCUUCUGUCCUUACUUAAAGGGGAGUCGUUAUAAAGUGCAAUUGCAGUCGGUAAAAAAGUAUUUUUAGCAUCCGUGUGUGUUAAUGUCACAAGAAAUAUCUGUUUAUGGAACUAACGCACAUCUGAAAAUGACUUUCUCAAUAAACUGUAGUCUUCUACUGUA